GAAGCGCCAAAGCCGGGCCAGCAGACGAGGCGUGAGGCGGGAGGAGAUUGAGAGGGAGGUGGACAUCCUGCAGCAGAUCCAGCACCCCAAUGUUGUAGCGCUUCACGAUGUCUACGAGAAUCGCACGGAUGUGGUGCUCAUCCUCGAGCUGUGAGUCUCUGCAUCAGUCCACAAGACAAAACAGUACGGUUUCACAUGUAUAAGAACCACAAAGCAGCACAACUCCAACAGCAUCUUUUUCUAUGGCUUUGGAGUUUUUUAACUUUAGCCUAACGGUAGUGGUGCACGAUAAUAGACAUCUAUUUCAGCUGAAUCAAAGAAAGAAAUGUUUAAGACAGUUGAGUUAUUACUUUCCUUCACCCAAACGCUUCUCAGUUUUGAAUGGGCAGAUUUGUUUCAGAUUUGUUUUCCAAAAAAAUUAAUUAUAAUUGGAGUGAGUGGGACCAAAUUGCUGUCUGUAUAUAUGCCAAAUCUCUUAUUCUAUACACCUUGCAAUAUACGUACAAUGGUGUGAAAGUGUUUUCCCCCUUCCUGAUUUCUUAUUUUUUGCAUGUUUGUCACACUCAGAUGUUUCAUAUCAUCAGACAAAUUAAAAUAUUAGUCAAUGACAACACAACUGAACACAAAAUACAUUUUUAAAAUGAAACUUUCUAUUAUUAAGGGAGAAAAGCCUACAUGACCCUGUGUGAAAAAGUGAUUGACCCCUAAACCUAAUAACUGGUUGGGCCACACUUAGCAGCAACAACUGCAAUCAAGCGUUUGCGAUAACUUGCAAUGAGUCUCUUACAGCGCUGUGGAGGUAUUUUGGCCCACUCAUUUUUGCAGAAUUGUUGUAAUUCAGUCACAUUAGAGGGUUUUCCAGCAUGAAGUGCCUUUUUAAGGUCAUGCCACAGCAUCUCAAUAGGAUUCAGUGAUAAACCACCGUUAAGUUAUGUUUUAACGGGGAUGCAAUCACUUUUUCAGACAGGGCCUUGUAGGUUUAGAUUUUUUUUUUUCUCCUUUAAUAAAAAGUUUCAUUUAAAAACUGCAUUUUGCGUUCAGUUGUGUUGUCAUUGACUAAUAUUUACAUUUGUUUGAUGAUCUGAAACAUUUAAGUGUGACAAACAUACAAAAAAAUAAGAAAUCAGGAAGGGGGCAAACACUUUUUGACACCACUGGAGGGGAUAGUGUAAUUUUAAAAUUAAUAAAAAUACGACAAAGUAAAAAAACAUUCUGUCCAAGAUUCAUACGUUAUGCCUUAAACCACAAGAUCUCGCAAGAUUAGAAUGUGACGAGAUUUAUCGUUCAGAAAAAAAAUGGCUGGUGGGGGCUAGGCCUGAGACAAUAAUAAAUUAUUGAAUUACUCACACAAUAAAGGACAAGCACCAUAGAAAAUGGAUGGACGGAUCACACAAUAAAUGAAAAUGAACUUGGUAAUUUUGCCAGCCCCCGAUAUAUUGCCAUGUGCAUGCGUGUCUGUUUUCCUCAUGUCAAGAGGGUUCACUCUAGGGAUGUCCCGAGCCACAUUUUGGGGCUUUCGAUCCGAUACCGAUCCUAUUUUUUUUCUUCAAUAAUAAGCUUUUCUUACACACAUGAAUUUGUGGAAUUGAAUAUGGUUAUGAAAAUAGCUCUUCAACGCAUUUAAAAAUAAUGCAAUCCAAUAAAAGCUCCAAUAAAAGUACAUCCAAUAAAAGAUACAAUUUGAAAAAAUGGGCAUGCAAAAUACUUUUAGGCAGGAUUAAUAAUUUGACAUCAUUAUUGAUCAAUUUGUGGUGUGAUUUAGAAUAUAUGAAUUUUUUUUUUAACAAACUCUCUUUAACGCAAUACUAAUUUAUUGACGGUCCCUGGUAUAAACAACGAGCGUUUACAGCAGCACUUCUCGUGCAAGCUCCGCGCACAAUAACACAGCAGUCCGGGCACAGUGGGGGGGAACUACCGCCAUAGCUACGGAGCCGAAUAGCCAACGUGAAACUGACUUCACCAUGGUACACCGCUGACAUGUCUGCAUGGUGGUGUUGUGUUUUCUUCUUCUUGCGGGUGGCAGGAGUCGAGUGGCAACCAUUACCGCACCUACCAUGCUGGCGUGUGGCCCAGAGUUACAAAGGUUAUAUGGCAACCGGAUGGGCCCGCUCUCGUGGCAGAGGCCAAUAUUAUCCGAUCUUCAAAAUACGGUAUAUACGAGGUUCGGCAGCUGAUUCCAAUCCUGAAAAUUGAAUCGGGACAUCCCUGGUUUCAGCACCUCGGCACAUUUGAUCCAUAGAACAAUGGCAUAAACGGAGUGGGCGCUUUUGUCAGUCAUACGGCCCCUUUGUCUCAGUGGGUGGAGGCAUUGCCGGUAGUACGCACACAGAGUGAGAAGAGUGUAACGUAGUAGAAAUUAAAUUAGUAGAUAUAUUGUCUUAGAUUUUUUCAAUACUUUUUCAUUGUUGUUUUUGUAAAAGUAAUGUUAAAAUCUCAUCUUGUCUAGUUCUCAUAGACCCAAUCUCGUGCAUCCUCUCGUCUCGUAAAUUGAGUAUCUUGUGACACGCCGACUUAAAACUGAUUGAUAUCUCGAGAAUUACAUAAACGGAAACUUUUUCCAGAUCCGCAUACUGAAGAAUCAGAGGAUUCCAUACUGUUUCUAUUUUGUAAAAUGGCUAAAACAUAAUAUAUAAUUAAAGACAAAUCUUUGUGUUGUUAUUAGUUUAUAGUAUUAUCAGCUUUUUCUCUUCCUAUUGUGCCUUUUUGCACGAUUUGUUCCAUUUUUUUCAAGAGGUUUUUUUUUUUUUGUUUAAUUUAAUUUCUACAAUGUGCCAUGUGCAAAUAAAAAAACAAACUGCGGGUCAAUCCUGAGAUUUCUCACAACUCACAAUUCUGAGAUACACGGUUUGUCCCCCAAAGUGCCUCAAGGGGUAAUUACAGUGGAACCUCUAAAGCUGAAGGUCAUACAAACUGGAAUUUUCAAAAAUGUUUUGACCUCCAUCAUACAUGUCAUCAAACCAGACGAAUUCUGGACGUGUUUGUCUUUUACUUUGGCUUUUUGGUAGUGUUUUUACCUAUUCUAAUGAGAUGGGCCGCUGCCAUGCAUGAUGUCAUGAGAUGUUAGCACACCUCACAAGAAUCUGUGUACCUCACAAGAGCUCAGUUCAGAUAGCAUCAAAGGUUUUUAGGUUUUUUGGUGAACGAAGGCAUCAGGCCUCAACAAGCGUUAAUAAUGUGAGGAGAGGAGAAUAAUAUCUUGUGCUUGUUAUCAAAGUAAAGGUUCAUGUUUAUCAAAGUUUUAGCAUGUUUUGGGUUAUGUUAACUUCUUUUUUACUUUUAUGACAGUUAAGAAUGCUGAAAUGUUACUAAAACACGGCAUGUAUACUUACUGAAGGUUUUCUAAUGAAAAUGGAGAUAGGCCAACUCACAGUAGGUCUUCUCCCAUAUUUUUUGCAGGACAAUAAUGAAAGCCAACUCAAGCUGUACUACUUUGACAGUUUCACUCCACAAUAGCCUAGAUGUUGUGUCAGUUUGGCCAGUGAGUUUCUGUGCACUUGCUUGUUGUUUGCUCUCCUUUCUGUGGCCAAAUGUCUCUGCCAGAAUCGAUAGAGCUGAUUUUGAAUAGAGCCGUCAGUGAAAAGGGGCCCUGUCCACAUCCAGUCGCUUCCUGGGACUGAAACUCGGUUUAAUCAAAGCAAGAAUGAAGCGUCUGACAGCUUUUGUCAGCAGCGUGACCUCACCGAGUGCGUCAUUCAGUCAAUCGUGUUUUCACUGUGGCCGCCAGUUGCUCAAAGAACACUUUGUAUGUGGAGCUUUUCACCAAUUCUUUACUAUAAAAUGCGGAGCAUUGAAUUAUGUUGCAAGGAGGGCGGGCUGAUGCAAAACAAACAAGAGCAAUAGCCAGAAGUAUCCCAGGCAUCCUAAUUGAGCACAUCCCAAUCCUGAAAACACUCUGAUAAAGCUUAAGGGCCUCCUGCAUGAGUCACUGUGUGUGUGUGUGUGUGUGUGUGUGUGUGUGUGUGUGUGUUACAGCGUUUCUGGUGGAGAGCUGUUUGAUUUCCUGGCUCGCAAGGAGUCACUUUGUGAAGAGGAGGCCACUCAGUUUAUCAAACAGAUCCUGGAUGGAGUCCAGUACCUCCACUCUAAGAGGAUUGCACAUUUUGACUUAAAGGCCCCUUCAAGAAGCCUGAAAACAUAAUGCUGCUGGACAGGAAUGUUUCUCUACCCCGUAUCAAAAUCAUCGACUUCGGACUGGCACACAAAAUGGAGGCCGGGGCAGAUUUUAAAAACAUUUUUGGAACCCCAGAGUUUGUUGCUCCAGAGAUAGUCAACUAUGAGCCUCUGGGGUUGGAGGCAGACAUGUGGAGCAUUGGGGUCAUCACCUACAUACUCUUGAGCGGUGCGUCACCUUUUCUCGGCGAAACAAAGCAAGAAACGUUAGGCAACAUUUCCGCCAUGAGCUACGAGUUCGACGAAGAGUUCUUCAGCAACACCAGCGAGCUGGCCAAGAGCUUCAUCACGCAGCUCUUGGUGAAGGACACGAGGAAACGGAUGAGCAUAAAAGACGCCCUCAACCAUCCUUGGAUUAAGCCUCACAAUUCCAGACAAGCGAUGGUUAAGAGAUUGUCAGUGGUCAACUUAGAGAACUUUAAGAAGCAGUAUGCCAGGCGCAGGUGGAAGCUCUCAUUCAGGAUUGUGGCUCUGUGCAACCACUUAACUCGGAUCAUGAAGAAGGGUCACAAACUGCCGGAGCAGAAUGGGAGGGAUUGUGAAAGCGACCAGGAAGAAGAAAUCCUGAAGAGACGGCCGAGGACCAGAAAGAGAAGCAGCACUUCCUGAGAGACGCAUCGUAAAAACAUAUCUGUCUACAACAGACUCACUCUGCACACUCACUGCAGCUGUUCCUCUUCAUCAGCAACCAUGCUAUCUAUGUGAAUGGUCUGGAAUGCUUCAUUUGUCUACGCAAGCCUACGCCACAUAAUCUGCUGGCAUGUUACUUAGCAUUUUGAAAUUAGAGCUACUUUAGUCUUCUGCCAUAGUUGGAUUAUUGCUGACCGAUGAGACAGUGUUACUUCACAUCUUCAAGAAUGUAGCGGCUUCCUCUAAUAUUGUGCAGUCUUAAAAAUCCUUCAGCUGUCGAGUGUUGACAGAGGGAUACUCUUCUUCUUAUUGAAUAGGCUGCAAAGAGGCUGGCUCCUUUAUAGGGCAAGGAACCAUAUUUGGUUACUUAAUAAACAAGGGUUCGAAAUGGACCUUCAAUGCCUCAUUAUGAGGCUGUAAAAUGCAAUAGAAUUAUGAUUAUAAUUAUGAUAUAAUACAUUUUUCAAGUUGUUGUCUUGUAAUUGUCCAAGUAUUCCCAAGUAUUUUAAUAAACAAUGCAUGACAAUCAUCCUGUAUAAUAAGACUAUAUAUAUAUAUAUAUAUGUAUAUGUGUGUAUAUAUACAUAUAUAUAUAUAUGUAUGUAUAUAUAUAUAUACUGUAUAUGUAUAUAUAUAUGUAUAUGUAAAGUGCAACUGAAUGCGGUUAUUUCUUAAUGGCACAUUUUAAUGUAUAUAAAGUGUAAAUAUUUUUAUCAGUCAAACGUCUUACCAAUUUUGAACACAAACAUCCCUUUUUGGUCUGUUUACUUGUAUGUACUGUACAUUCAAAUGGUCUUUUAAUAAA